AUGGCAGAUACCACACAGUUUUGGAGUUGGACGCAGCUGCCCCCCACCAGGGACCCCAGCACGCUGGACAGCAGAGAGGCCUUGCAGGAGAGCAGACAAGACAUGAGCUUGAGGACCACCCAAGAAAAUUCAGGGACCAGCUCUCUGACUGACAGGAAGACCCUCUCCAAAGAGUCCCUGAGCCAUGUUCUUGAGCACUCGUCCCAAGAGAUGGCAAAGGAUACCCAGCUGGAUUAUCCAGAGGAGGCACUGUGGACAACUAGGGCCGAUGGGCAUGUCCGUCUGCGCAUAGACUCCAGCUGCCCACAGCCUCCCUACACUGUGCACCAGAUGUUCUACGAGGCCCUGGACAAGUACGGCAGCCUCAGUGCCCUGGGCUUCAAGCGCCAGGGCAAGUGGGAGCGCAUCUCCUACUUCCAGUACUACCUGCUCUCUCGCAAAGCCGCCAAGGGCUUCCUGAAGCUCGGCCUGGAGCGGGCCCACAGUGUGGCCAUCCUCGGCUUCAACUCCCCGGAGUGGUUCUUCUCGGCUGUGGGCACAGUAUUUGCAGGUGGCAUCGUCACUGGCAUCUACACGACCAGCUCCCCUGAGGCCUGCCAGUUCAUCGCCCAUGACUGCCGUGCCAAUAUCAUCGUGGUUGACACACAGAAGCAGCUAGAAAAGAUCCUGAAGAUCUGGAAACAUUUGCCACAUCUGAAGGCAGUAGUGAUAUAUCAAGAACCUCUUCCAAAGAAGAUGGCCAAUGUGUACACGAUGGAGGAAUGCAUGGAGCUGGGGAAUGACGUUUCAGAGGAGGCCCUGGACAACAUCAUCAGUACCCAGCAACCCAACCAGUGUUGUGCACUAGUCUACACAUCGGGCACUACUGGGAACCCCAAGGGUGUGAUGCUGAGUCAGGACAACAUCACAUGGACAGCACGAUACAGCAGCCAGGCUGGUGAAAUCCAGCCAGCAGAAAUCCAGCAGGAGGUAGUGGUCAGCUACCUGCCCCUCAGCCAUAUUGCUGCCCAGAUCUAUGACCUGUGGACGGGCAUCCAGUGGGGGGCCCAGGUCUGCUUUGCUGAGCCUGAUGCCCUGAAGGGUAGCCUGCUAAACACACUACGGGAGGUGGAGCCCACAUCCCACAUGGGAGUCCCACGGGUGUGGGAGAAGAUCAUGGAGCGAAUCCAGGAGGUAGCUGCUCAGUCUGGCUUCAUUCGGCGCAAGAUGCUGCUAUGGGCCAUGUCGGUGACCUUGGAGCAGAACCUCAGCUGCCCGGGCAGUGACCUGAAGCCCUUCACAACCAGACUGGCAGAUUACCUGGUACUAGCCAAGGUCCGCCAGGCACUGGGCUUUGCCAAGUGUCAGAAGAACUUCUAUGGAGCGGCCCCCAUGACCGCAGAGACACAGCACUUCUUCCUGGGCCUCAACAUCCGCUUGUACUCGGGCUAUGGGCUCAGUGAGACCUCAGGCCCCCACUUCAUGUCCAGCCCCUACAACUAUCGGCUCUACAGCUCCGGCAGGGUGGUGCCAGGCUGCAGGGUGAAGCUGGUGAAUGAGGACGCGGAGGGCACUGGCGAAAUCUGCCUGUGGGGCCGCACCAUCUUCAUGGGCUACCUGAACAUGGAGGACAAGACGUGUGAGGCCAUCGACGCCGACGGCUGGCUUCAUACAGGCGACGCUGGCCGCCUGGACGCUGACGGCUUCCUCUACAUCACCGGCCGCCUCAAAGAAUUAAUCAUCACAACUGGUGGGGAGAACGUGCCCCCUGUGCCCAUAGAGGAGGCUGUGAAGAUGGAGCUACCCAUCAUCAGCAACGCCAUGUUAAUCGGUGACCAGAAGAAGUUCCUGUCCAUGCUGCUAACCUUGAAGUGCACUCUAGACCCAGACACCUCUGAUCCAACUGAUAAUCUGACCGAACAAGCUAUGGAGUUCUGCCAGAGGGUGGGCAGCAAAGCCACCACAGUAUCUGAGAUCGUGGGGAAAAAAGACGAGGCGGUGUAUCAGGCCAUUGAAGAGGGGAUCCAGAGGGUCAACCAGAAUGCAGCAGCCCGACCCUACCACAUCCAGAAGUGGGCCAUUCUCAAAAGAGACUUCUCCAUUUCAGGUGGAGAGUUCGGUCCCACUAUGAAACUAAAGAGGCUCAUAGUUCUGGAGAAGUACAAAGAUAUAAUUGAUUCCUUUUACCAAGAACAAAACAAAUAA